AUGACGACGGUUUCUGACCCUGUGCUUCCCCCUCGACAAGUCGCCUCGCUGUUCCGCAACGCCCUGAAAGCCGGAUCAAGUGCAAGUAAAUACCCCACGCUUGACCCAACAGCACAGGCGAGUACAAAACUCGUCUCUACCUCCAUAGUACACUUUCGUCGGCUCCUUGCUCGUAUACGAGAACUAAACUUGUUCAGUCUCAACGAGACGCUCGAAGAUGUAUCCACGAGAGAUUUAUUGUACAUGCUUGCUCCAUUUGCUUAUGCCGAGAUUCUGGGACAAAUGAAUGCGAGAGAAGUAUCGAAAAGGAAAGACAUUGUCCUUAACAGUGAGACCCAACUCCGAAACUUCAUCAAACUAGUCGAAGGGUACGAAGGCAUCAUCCCACCAGACGAGGCAAAUCUUUCCAAGAAAUCGGGCGCAUUCGCCAUCACCGACCCGUUCAAACGCCGAGAAGUGAAGAUCAAGCAGUGGCAACAAGAGAAGGAGAUCAAAUCUAAGAUCGAGCUAUCCCACUCUGCAGACACACCACAGGAUGAUGAAGCUGGGAACUACGAAGAACCGUAUGAAGAGGAUGGCGUGCGUGAAACGACAUUACUGCUUAUCCGUUUAUUUUAUGGGCAAGCACACACGCAGCUGGAACAACUUGAGAUGGAGGCGCAACUGUUGAAAAGUGCACCCUCAGACGAGGAGUUGGGAGGGGAAGACGAAGAGGGGGAAGGGUCAGGGGAGGAUGACAGAAGGAGAAAGAGGAAUGAAGAGGAGGACGAGACGUGGAAGUUGGAUCCUCCAGUAGCGAGAGGCGGACCGGAUGGGAGGGGGCCAUUGUUGGAUGCUCAAGGGAAGCCGUUGCGUCCAUUCACAAUUGUGUCUUCAUCUUCUCAAGCGGUAGACCGGGCAAGCCUCCAAGAAAAAGUGUUCAGGGCGGAUCAUCGACUACCUACGAUGACGAUCGAUGAGUAUCUCGCAGAGGAGGCAAGACGAGGGAAUAUUAUCAGCGGUGGGGGACAGGCGUCUGCGGAGAAACCUACAACAACUGAACAACUUGAGAUUGAUUCAGAGCAGGAUGGGACGAUCUUUGGGGAUGAGAAGAGUGAGGAGAAGAGGAAGAAGGAUGAAGAGUGGGCGUUGUACACUGAAGAGCAUGCGAAGGGUAGCGGAAACACUAUGAAUCGGGGCUGA